AUGAAGAAACUAUUUCUUUUCACGUUUACUGUUCUAAUUAUCUUCAACGUUCUUGUGAUAGGAUUUGUGCAGGGAGACGAGCUAACUACAUGUGCUAGGUAUUUGCCUAAAAAACCAGGAAAAUGUGUUAAAGAAGACUGUUAUCGUUUGUGUAAGAAGAAAUGGCCAAAAACAAGACAUGGUACUUGCUAUCCAACAAGAAACCCUAACACAUGCAUAUGUUACCUAUGCGGUGCCUCCGACGUACAUCCUUAG